UCCGAUAGUGGCAGAAAGAGCAGGCAGCCCCAGCGAAGCGUGGGGACGCAAGCGAGAGGCAGAGCGAGCGAGGCUGUGCUAAGGGAGGACCAGCGGAGACCACAGGGCGUGGGCGGAUGUCGGUGUCCCCGGGGCCAGGGAUGCCCUCUGCAUCUUUAUUAGUAAAUCUUCUUUCAGCUUUACUCGUCCCUUUUGUGUUUGGAGAAACAGAAAUAAGGUUUGCUGGACAAACAGAAUUUGUAGUUAAUGAAACAAGUACAACAGUUAUUCGUCUUGUCAUUGAAAGGAUAGGAGACCCAGCAAAUGUCACGGCGAUUGUAUCGCUGUAUGGAGAUGACACUGGUGACUUUGUUGACACAUACGCUGCAGCUUUUAUACCUGUUGGAGAAAUAAAUAGGACAGUGUACAUAGCAGUAUGUGAUGAUAAUUUACCAGAGCCAGAUGAAACUUUUAUUUUUCACUUAUCGUUGCAGAAAUCUUCAGCAAAUGUGAAGCUUGGAUGGCCAAGGACUGUUACUGUGACAAUAUUAUCCAAUGACAAUGCGUUUGGAAUUAUUUCAUUUAAUAUGCCUUUCUCAAUCACAGUGAGUGAACCCCGGGGCAGAAAUGAAUCUGUGCCUCUUACUCUCAUCAGAGAAAAAGGAACCUAUGGGAUGGUCACUGUGACUUUUGAGGUAGAGAGUGGUCCAAAUCCGCCUGAAGAAGAUUUAAGUCCAGUUAAAGGAAAUAUCACUUUUCCUCCUGGUAAAGGAACAGUGGUUUAUAAAUUAACAGUACUUGAUGAUGAGGUGCCAGAACAUGAUGAAAUAUUUUUGAUUCAACUGAAAGGUGUCGAAGGUGGAGCUGAGAUCAACACCUCCAGAAGCUCAGUUGAGAUCAUCAUUAAGAAAAAUGAUAGUCCUGUGAGAUUCCUUCAGAGUGUUUAUUUGGUACCUGAGGAAGACCACAUACUCACAAUUCCAGUGGUUCGUGGAAAAGAUGACAAUGGAAAUCUGAUUGGAUCUGAUGAAUAUGAAGUUUCUAUCAUUUAUGUUAUUAUAACUGGGAAUUCAACAGCACAUGCCCAGCAAAAUGUAGACUUCAUUGAUCUUCAGCCAAACACAACUAUUGUUUUUCCACCUUUUAUUUAUGAAUCACACCUGAAAUUUCAAAUAGUUGAUGAUACUAUACCAGAGAUUGCUGAAUCAUUUCAUGUUAUGUUACUAAAAGAUACCUUACAGGGGGAUGCUGUGCUAUUAGGCCCUUCUAUUGUGCAAGUCACCAUUAAGCCAAAUGACAAACCUUAUGGCGUCCUCUCAUUCAACAGUAUCUUGUUUGAAAGGACAGUUAUAAUUGAUGAAGAUACAACAUCAAGAUUUGAAGAAAUUACAGUGGUUAGAAAUGGUGGCACUCAUGGGAAUAUUUCAGUGAACUGGGUAUUAACACGGAACAGCAGUGAUCCCUCAUUGGUAACAGUAGACAUCAGACCCAGUUCUGGAGUUCUCCAUUUUGCACGAGGGCAGAUGUUGGCAUCAAUUCCACUUACUGUUGUUAAUGAUGAUCUUCCAGAAGAGGCAGAAGCUUAUCUACUUCAGAUUCUACCUCAUACAGUACAAGGAGGUGCAGAAGUGAGCGAACCAGCAGAGCUUUUGUUCUACAUUCAGGAUAGUGAUGAUGUUUAUGGCCUAAUAACAUUUUUUCCUAUGGAAAAUCAGAAGAUCAGAAGCAGCCCAGGUGAACGAUAUUUAUCCUUGAGUUUUACAAGACUAGGAGGAACUAAAGGAGAUGUGAAGAUGUUUUACUCUGCACUUUAUAUUCCUGCUGGAGCUAUGGACCCUUUGCGAGCAAAAGAUGGCAUCUUAAAUGUGUCCAGGAGAAAUAGCCUCAUUUUUCCAGAACAUAAAACCCAAGUCACUAUAAAGUUACCAAUAAGAAACGAUGCAUUUCUUCAAAACGGGGCCCACUUCCUAGUACAGUUGGAAACUGUGGAGUUGGUGAAUAUCAUUCCCCCAAUCCCACCUAUAAGUCCUAGAUUUGGGAAAAUUCGAAACAUUUCUUUAGUGGUUACUCCAGACAUUGCAAAUGGAGAAAUUGGCUUCACUAGCAAUCUUCCAAUCAUUUUGCAUGAACCAGAAGAUUUUGCUGCUGAAGUGAUAUGCAUUCCCUUACAUCGGGAUGGAACUGAAGGCCAUGCUACUGUCUAUUGGAGUUUGAAGCCCUCUGGCUUUAAUUCAAAAGCAGUGACCCUGGACGAUAUAGGACCCUUUAAUGGCUCUGUUGUAUUUUUAUCUGGGCAAAGCGACACAACAAUCAACAUUACUGUCAAAGCUGAUGACAUACCGGAAUUGAAUGAGACGGUAACACUCUCCCUAGACAGGGUCAAUGUGGAAAACCAAGUGCUGAAAUCUGGAUAUACGAGCCGUGACCUAAUUAUUUUGGAAAAUGAUGAUCCUGGGGGAAUUUUUGAAUUUUCUCCUGUUUCCAGAGGACCCUAUGUUAUUAAGGAAGGCGAAUCUGUAGAGCUCCACAUCACCCGAUCCAGGGGAGCUCUGGUUAAGCAGUUUCUACACUAUCGAAUAGAGCCGAGAGAUAGCAAUGAAUUCUAUGGAAACACAGGGGUACUGGAAUUUAAACCUGGGGAAAGGGAGAUCGUAAUCACCUUGCUAGCAAGAUUGGAUGGGAUACCAGAGUUGGAUGAACAGUACUGGGUGGUCCUCAGCAGCCAUGGUGAACGGGAAAGCAAGUUGGGAAUCACCACAGUUGUCAACAUAACGAUUCUAAAAAAUGAUGAUCCUCAUGGGGUCAUAGAAUUUGCUUCUGAUGAUCUCACUGUUAUGAUAAAUGAAAGUAAAGGAGAUGAUACCUAUAGUGCUGUUUAUGGUGUAAUAAGAAAUCGAGGCAACUUUGGUGAUGUUAAUGUGUCAUGGGUGGUUAGUCCGGAUUUCACACAGGAUGUAUUUCCUGUCCAAGGGAUUCUUUUCUUUAGAGAUCAGGAAUUUUCAAAAAAUAUCACCAUUUACUCCCUUCCAGAUGAGAUUCCGGAGGAAAUGGAGGAAUUUACUGUUAUUCUACUUAAUGCCACUGGAGGAGCUAAAAUAGGAAAUAAAACUACUGCAACUCUAAGGAUUACAAGAAAUGAUGACCCCAUUUAUUUUGCAGAACCUCGUGUAGUGAGGGUUCAAGAAGGUGAGACUGCCAACUUUAUAGUUCUCAGAAAUGGAUCUGUUGACGUGGCCUGCACUGUCCGAUAUGCUACCAUGGAUGGGAAAGCUACUGCCAGAGAAGGAGACUUUGUUCCCAUUGAAAAAGAAGAAAUGCUUGUUUUUGCAGUUGGAAGUAGAGAGCAGAACAUAUCUGUAUUCAUUAACGAAGAUGAUGUCCCAGAAACAGAUGAAGCCUUUUAUAUAAUCCUCUUUAAUUCAACAGGUGAUACAGUAGUAUAUCAACAUGGAAUAGCUACAGUGAUAAUUGAAGCUAAUGAUGACCCAAAUGGUAUUUUUUCUUUGGAGCCCAUAGACAAAGCUGUAGAAGAAGGAAAGACUAAUUCAUUUUGGAUUUUGAGGCACCGUGGACACUUUGGCAAUGUUUCUGUGGCUUGGCAGCUUUUUCAGAAUGAUUCUGCUUUGCAACUUGGACAAGAGUUCUAUGAAACUUCAGGGAUUGUUAACUUUAUGGAUGGAGAAGGAGCCAAACCAAUAAUUCUCCAUGCUUUUCCAGACAAAAUUCCUGAGUUCAAUGAGUUUUAUAUUUUAAAGCUUAUAAAUAUUUCAGGUGGGUCCCCAGGCUCUGGGGGCCAACUAGCAGGAACCAACCUCCAUGUUGCAGUAAUGAUUCCCUUCAAUGAUGAUCCCUUUGGCAUUUUUGUCUUGGAUCCAGAGUGCCUAGAGAGAGAAGUGGCAGAAGAUGUCCUCUCAGAAGAUGAUAUGUCUUAUAUCACCAACUUUACUAUUUUGAGGCAGCAGGGUGUCUUUGGUGACGUCCGAGUCAGCUGGGAAAUACUGUCUAGUGCGUUCCCUGCUGGUUUGCCUCCAAUGAUAGAUUUUCUGCUGGUGGGAAUUUUCCCCAGUACUGUGCAUUCACAACCACACAUGAGACGUCACCAUAGUGGGACGGAUGCUUUGUACUUCAGUGGACGAGAGGGUGCAUUUGGAACUGUCAAUCCAGAAUACUAUCCCUCAAGGAACAACUCAAUUGCCAACUUUACAUUUUCAGCUUGGAUAAUGCCCCAUGCCAACACGAAUGGAUUUGUUAUAGCAAAGGAUGAUGGUAAUGGAGGCAUCUACUAUGGGGUAAAAAUUCAAACAAAUGAAUCCCAUGUAACACUUUCCCUUCAUUAUAAAACACUGAGUUCCAAUGUUACGUAUAUCGCCAAGACAACAGUCAUGAGAUAUGUAGAAGAAAAUGUCUGGCUUCAUCUUCUCAUUGUCCUAGAUGAUGGUAUAAUUGAAUUUUACCUUGAUGGGAAUGCCAUGCCCAGAGGAAUCAAGAGUCUGAAAGGAGAAGCCAUUACUGAUGGUCCAGGAACACUGAGAAUUGGGGCAGGGAUAAAUGGCAAUGACAGAUUUACAGGUCUGAUGCAGGAUGUGAGGUCCUAUGAGCAAAAAUUGACCCUUGAAGAAAUUUAUGAACUUCAUGCCACACCAGCAAAGAGUGAUUUACACCCUAUUUCUGGAUAUCUGGAGUUCAAAGAGGGAGAAACUAACAAAUCAUUCAUUAUCUCUGCAAGAGAUGACAAUGAAGAGGAAGGAGAAGAAUUAUUCAUUCUUAAACUUGUCUCUGUAUAUGGAGGAGCUCGCAUAUCUGAAGAGAACACUACAGCAAGAUUGGUAAUACAAAAAAGUGACAAUGCCAAUGGCUUGUUUGGUUUCACAGGCUCCUGUAUACCAGAGAUUGCCGAGGAGGGAUCCACUAUUUCUUGCGUAGUGGAGCGAACCAGAGGAGCUCUGGAUUAUGUGCAUGUUUUUUACACCAUCUCGCAGAUCGAAUCUGAUGGUGUUAAUUACCUUGUUGAUGAUUUUGCUAAUGCCAGUGGAACUAUCACAUUCCUUCCUUGGCAGAGAUCAGAGGUCCUGAAUAUUUAUGUUCUUGAUGAUGAUAUUCCUGAGCUUAACGAGUAUUUCCGUGUGACGCUGGUUUCAGCAAUUCCUGGAGAUGGGAAAUUAGGUUCAACACCCACCAGUGGUGCAAGCAUAGAUCCUGAAAAGGAAACGACAGAUAUCACCAUCAAAGCUAGUGAUCAUCCGUACGGCUUGCUACAGUUCGCUACUGGCCUGCCUCCGCAGCCUGAGGACACAAUGACCCUGCCUGCAAGCAGUGUUCCACACAUCACUGUGCAGGAGGAAGAUGGAGAGGUUAGGCUGCUGGUUGUCCGUGCACAAGGACUCCUGGGGAGGGUUAUGGCAGAAUUUAGAACAGUGUCACUGACAGCAUUCAGUCCUGAGGACUACCAGAGUGUUGCUGGUACCUUAGAAUUUCAACCAGGAGAAAGAUUUAAGUACAUUUCUGUUAACAUCACUGAUAAUUCUAUUCCUGAAUUGGAAAAAUCCUUUAAAGUUGAGUUGUUAAACUUGGAGGGAGGAGUGACUGGACUCUUUAGGGUUGAUGGCAGUGGUAGUGGUGAUGGGGACAUGGAAUUCUUCCUUCCAACUACUCACAAACGUGCCAGUCUAGGAGUGGCUUCCCAAAUUCUAGUGACAAUUUCAGCCUCUGACCAUGCUCAUGGUGUAUUUGAAUUUAGCCCUGAGUCACUCUUUGUCAGUGGAACUGAACCAGAAGAUGGGUACAGCACUGUUAUAUUAAAUGUUAUAAGAAGUCAUGGGGCUCUGUCUCGAGUGACUUUACUUUGGAGCAUAGACUCUGAUCCUGAUGGCGAUCUGGCCUUCACCUCCGGCAACAUCACUUUUGAGAUUGGGCAGAAGAGUGCCAACAUCACAGUGGAAAUACUGCCUGAUGAAGAUCCAGAACUGGAUAAAGUGUUCCUUGUGUCAAUCCUCAGUGUCUCCAGUGGCUCUUUGGGAAUUCAUACUAAUGCCACAUUAACAGUUUUGGCUAGUGAUGAUCCUUAUGGGGUCUUCAUCUUUUCUGGGAAAAAUAGACCUAUUAAAGUGGAGGAAGCAACCCAAAACAUCACAUUGUCAAUAAUAAGGUUAAAAGGCCUCCUUGGAAAAGUCAGAGUCACCUAUGCAACACUGGAUGAUAUGGAAAAACUGCCUUAUUUUCCACCUAAUUUAGCCAGAGCAACUCAAGGAAAAGAUUAUAUGCCAGCUUCUGGGUUUGCUCUUUUUAGAGCCAAUCAGAGCGAGGCCACAAUAACUAUUUCAAUUUUGGAUGAUGAUGAACCAGAAAGAUCGGAGUCUUUGUUCAUUGAACUACUCAACUCUACUUUAGUGGAGAAAGUGCAGAAUCGCCCAAUCCCAAACUCUCCACGCCUUGGUCCUAAGCUAGAAACUAUUGCUCAUCUAAUUAUCAUUGCCAAUGAUGAUGCAUUUGGAACUCUUCAGCUCUCAGCACCAGUUGUUCGAGUAGCAGAAAAUCAUGUUGGACCCAUUAUCAAUGUGACUAGAACAGGAGGAGCAUUUGCAGAUGUUUCUGUGAAGUUUAAAGCCGUGCCAAUAACUGCAGUAGCCGGUGAAGAUUAUAGCAUAGCUUCAUCGGAUGUGGUCUUGUUAGAAGGAGAAUCCAGUAAAGCUGUGCCAAUAUAUAUCAUUAACGACAUCUACCCUGAGCUGGAAGAAUCUUUUCUUGUGCAACUGCUGAAUGAAACAACAGGAGGAGCCAAACUAGGGGCAUUAACAGAGGCAAUCAUUAUUAUUGAGGCCUCUGAUGACCCCUAUGGAUUAUUUGGUUUUCAGAUUACUAAACUUAUUGUAGAGGAACCUGAGUUUAACUCAGUGAAGGUAAACCUGCCAAUAAUUCGAAAUUCUGGGACACUCGGCAAUGUUACUGUUCAGUGGGUUGCCACCAUUAAUGGACAGCUUGCUACUGGCGACCUGCGAGUUGUCUCAGGUAAUGUGACCUUUGCCCCUGGGGAAACCAUUCAAACCUUGUUGUUAGAGGUCCUGGCUGACGACGUUCCGGAGAUUGAAGAGGUUAUUCAAGUGCAACUUACUGAUGCCUCUGGUGGAGGUACUAUUGGGUUAGAUCGAGUGGCAAAUGUUAUUAUUCCUGCCAAUGAUAAUCCUUAUGGUACGGUAGCCUUUGUUCAAUCGGUGUAUCGUGUUCAAGAGCCUCUGGAGAGAAGUUCCUGUGCUAACAUAACUGUCAGGAGAAGCGGAGGGCACUUUGGUCGGCUGUUACUGUUCUACAGUACUUCUGAUACUGAUGUAGUGGCUCUUGCUGUUGAGGAGGGUCAAGAUUUACUGUCCUACUAUGAAUCGCCAAUUCAAGGGGUCCCUGACCCAUUUUGGAGAACUUGGGUGAACGUCUCUGCAAUGGGGGAACCCCAGUACACUUGUGCCACCUUGUGCCUCAAAGAACACGCAUGCUCAGCAUUUUCCUUUCUCAGUGCUUCUGAAGGCCCCCAGUGUUUCUGGAUGACAUCAUGGAGCAGGCCAACUGUUAACAACUCAGACUUCUGGACCUACAAGAAGAACAUGACCAGGGUAGCGUCUCUUUUUAGUGGUCAGGCUGUGGCUGGUAGUGACUAUGAGCCUGUGACAAGGCAAUGGGCCAUGAUGCUGGAAGGCGAUGAAUUUGCAAAUCUCACAGUUUCUAUUCUUCCUGAUGAUGUCCCAGAGAUGGAUGAGAGUUUCCUGAUUUCUCUCCUUGAAGUUCACCUUAUGAACAUCACAGCCAGUUUUAAAAAUCAACCAACCAUAGGACAGCCAAAUACUUCUACUGUUGUCAUAGCGCUAAACGGUGAUGCCUUUGGAGUAUUUAUGAUCUACAGUAUUAGUCCCAAUACCUCGGAAAAUGGCUCAUAUGUCCAAGUUCAGGAGCAGCCCCAAAGCACAGUGGAGAUGAUGAUCCAUAGGACAGGGGGCAGCUUAGGUCAGGUGACAGUUGAGUGGCGUGUUGUUGGUGGAACAGCUACUGAAGGUUUGGAUUUUAUAGGUGCUGGAGACAUUUUGACUUUUGCUGAAGGUGAAACCAAAAAGAUAGCCAUCUUAACCAUUUUGGAUGAUUUGGAACCAGAGGAUGAUGAAAGCAUCAUAGUUAGUUUAGUAUACACGGAUGGCGGAAGUAGAAUUUUGCCCAGCUCCGACACUGUUAGAGUGAACAUUUUGGCCAAUGACAAUGUUGCAGGCGUUGUUAGCUUUCAGACUGCUUCCAGAUCUGUCAUAGGUCAUGAAGGAGAAAUUUUACAAUUCCAUGUGGUAAGAACACCCCCUGGUCGAGGAAAUGUUACUGUUAACUGGAAGAUUACUGGGAAACACCUAGAACUCAAUUUUGCUAACUUUACUGGACAGCUCUUCUUUCCUGAGGGGUCGUUGAAUAAAACACUAUUUGUGCAUUUGUUGGACGACAACAUUCCUGAGGAGAAAGAAGUGUACCAGGUCAUUCUGUAUGAUGUCAGGACACAAGGAGUUGCACCAGCAGGAACUGCUCUGCUCGAUGCUCAAGGAUUUGCAGCUGUUCUGACUGUGGAAGCCAGUGAUGAACCACAUGGAGUUUUAAAUUUUGCUCUUUCAUCAAGAUUUGUUUUGCUACAAGAGGCUAACAUGACAGUUCAGCUUUUCAUCAACAGAGAAUUUGGAUCUCUAGGAGCCAUUAAUGUCACAUAUACCACGGUUUCUGGAAUGUUGAGGCCAAAGAACCAAACGGAAGGAAACCUAGCUGACCCAGAUGUUGACUUUGUCCCAGUAUUUGGCUUUCUGAUUUUAGAAGAAGGGCAGACAGCAGCAGCCAUCAACAUUACUAUACUUGAGGACGAUAUACCAGAACUAGAAGAAUAUUUUCUCGUGAAUUUAACUUAUGUGGAGCUUAUCAUGGCUCCUUCUACUUCAUUUCCUCCUAGACUAGAUUCAGAGGGCUUGACUGCGCAAAUUAUUAUUGAUGCCAAUGAUGGUGCUCGAGGCAUAAUUGAGUGGCAACAUAGCAGGUUUGAAGUAAAUGAAACCCAAGAAAGUUUAACAUUGGUGGCCCAGAGGAGCAGAGGGGCUCUUGGCCAGGUUUCCUUGUUUGUGUACGCCCAGAAUUUGGAAGCACAGCUUGGGCUGGAUUACGUCUUUAUCCCAAUGAUUCUUCAUUUUGGUGAUGGAGAAAGGUAUAAAAACAUUGACAUCAUGAUUCUUGAUGAUGACAUUCCAGAAGGAGCUGAAACAUUUCAGCUGAUUUUAACAAAUCCUUCUCCUGGACUGGAGCUUGGGGAGAAUAUAAUGGCCUUCAUCACCAUCCUUGCUAAUGAUGAUGGCCCUGGAGUUCUAUCAUUUAACAACAGUGAGCACUUUUUCCUGCAAGAACCAACAGCUCUCUACAACCAGCAGAGUGUGGCAGUAUUGUACAUUGUUCGGGAACCUGCACAAGGACUGUUUGGAACUGUGACUGUUCAGUUCAUUGUGACAGAAGUGAAUUCUUCAGUGGAGUCUAAAGAUCUUACUCCUUCCAAAGGAUAUAUUGUUUUAGAAGAAGGUGUUCAUUUCAAGGCCCUACACAUAUCUGCCAUAUUGGACACGGAGCCAGAGAUGGAUGAGCAUUUUGUUUGCACCUUGUUUAAUCCAACUGGAGGUGCUAGACUAGGGGCGCAUAUUCAAACCCUGAUAACAGUUUUGCAAAACCAGGCCCCUUUGGGGCUCUUCAGUAUCUCUGCAGUUGCAAAUAGCGCCACCUCUAUAGACAUUGAAGAAGCCAACAGGACUGUGUAUUUAAAUGUGUCACGUACCAAUGGCAUUGAUUUAACCGUGAGUGUGGAGUGGGAGACAGUUUCUGAAACAGCCUUUGGCAUGAGGGGAAUGGAUGUUACGUUUUCUCUAUUUCAAAGUUUUUUGGAUACAUCGGCUUCUGGCUGGUGUUUCUUUACUUUGGAAGAUGCAGCAUAUGGUAUAAUGUUAAGAAAAUUGUCUUCUACUGUUUACCAUUGGCAAGGGAUUUUUGUUCCACUUGAGGAUUUUAGUAUAGAAAAUCCUAAAACAUGUGAGGUCUUUAAUAUUGGUCUUUACCCCUAUUUUGUGAUUAUGCAUGAAGAAAGAGAUCAAGAAAAGCCUUCUGUUAACAGUGUGUAUACAUUCACAUCUGGAUUCAAAUUAUUCCUGGUACAAACAAUCAUUAUUUCUGAAAGUUCUCAAGUAAGAUAUUUUACUUCAGACAGUCAAGAUUAUUUAAUUGUUGCAAGUCAAAGAGAUGAUUCUGAAUUAACUCAGGUCUUCAGGUGGAAUGGAGGAAGCUUCGUGGGGCACCAGACACUGCCUGUCCGAGGUGUGCUGAGCAUGGCCUUGUUCACCAGAGGAGGCACUGUGUUCUUAGCCAUUUCUCGGGCCACUGCCAGGUCAAGCUCCCUUUUACUCAGGUGGUCUGGCAAUAAGUUUAUUAACUUUCAAGAAGUACCCAUCAGUGGAACAAAACAGGUGGAAGCCUUGACUUCGGGUGAUGAUAUUUACUUAAUUUUUGCCAAAACUGUCUUUCUAGGAGAUCAGAAUUCAGUUGAAAUUUUCAUCUGGGAGACAGGACAGUCUUCUUUCAGAUAUUUUCAAUCCCUAGAUUUUGCUGCUGUUAAUAAGAUUCACUCCUUCACACCAGCCUCGGGAAUAGUUCACAUACUUCUUGUUGGUCAAGAUGUGUCUGCUCUUUAUUGCUGGAAUUCAGAGCUAAAUCAGUUCUCUUAUAUUCUGGAAGCACCUUCUGCUCAUGACACAACUUCUGUUACAGUAAAGUCCCUUAAUUCAAGCAAGAAUCUAAUUGCUCUCACCGGAGCCACCCACUCACACAUCUAUGAACUGGCCUACCUCUCAAGCCAAUCUGACUUUAUUCCUAGUUCAGGUGAAUUGAUAUUUGAACCUGGAGACAAAGAAGCUGUAAUAGCGGUAAAUAUCCUUGAUGAUACAGUUCCGGAGGAAGACGAAUCCUUCAGAGUUCAGCUUAAAAAUUCCAAAGGAGGAGCAGAGAUUGGUAUUAAUGGUCAUGUAAAAAUAACUAUUCUGUCUAAUGAUGAUGCCUAUGGAGUUAUUGGAUUUGCUCAGAGUUCAUUAUAUAAGCAAGUAGAAGAAAUGGAGCAAGACAGCCUAGUAACCUUGAAUGUUGAACGCUUAAAAGGAACAUAUGGUCGAAUAACUGUAGCCUGGGAAGCUGAUGGAAGUAUUAGUGAUAUAUUUCCUACCUCAGGAGUGAUUUCGUUUUCUGAAGGCCAGGCGCUGUCUACAAUUACUCUGACUAUUCUUGCUGAUGACCUACCGGAGUUAUCAGAGAUGGUGAUUGUAACACUCAUCCGUAUUAUCACAGAAGGGGUUGAGGACCCAUCAAAAGGUGCAACUAUUGAUCAGAAAAGAAAAAAGUCUGUGAUCACCACUCUGCCCAGUGACUCACCCUAUGGCUUGGUGGGCUGGCAUGCUGAGUCUCUCUUCAUUAGAGUAGCAGAGCCUAAAGAGAACAUCACCGCUCUUCAGUUAAAAAUUGUUCGAGAUAAAGGACUACUGGGAGACAUAGCCAUUCAGUUGGUAGCUAAUCCCAACUUCUUACUGCACAUCAAUAAUCAAGCUACUGAGAAUGAUGAUUAUGUGCUACAAGAAACAAUGGUAAUAAUGAAAGAAAACAUAAAAGAAACUUAUGUCAAGGUUGCCAUUUUACCGGAUGAUGCUCCUGAGCUGGAGGAAGGGUUUAUUGUCAACAUCACUGAGGUGUACUUGGUGAACUCUGACCUCUCUGCAGAACAGCCACGUGUGCAGAGGCCUGGGAUGGAAAUGGUCGAGAUAAUAAUUGAAGAAAAUGAUGAUCCCAGAGGAAUUUUUAAUUUUCAUGUUACCAGAGAUGUUGGUGGAGUUAUUACUGCCCAUGAGGUGCCUCCACCUCUGAACAUUCUUCAGGUUCCUGUGAUCCGGCUGGCUGGAAGCUUUGGGACAGUAAAGGUUUAUUGGAAAGCAACACUGGACAGUGCUGGCCCGAAAGACUUGACGCCAUCUCACGGGAUUCUUGAAUUUGCAGAAAGACAAGUUAGUGCAAUGAUAGAAAUUACCAUAAUUGAUGAUGCUGAAUUUGAACUCAUGGAGAUGUUCAGUAUCUCCUUAAUCAAGGUGGCUGGAGGAGGCAGGCUUGGCGAUGAUGUUGUGGUAACUGUUGUUAUUCCACAGAAUGAUUCUCCAUUCGGAGUAUUUGGAUUUGAAGAAGAGACUGUGAUGGUGGAUGAAUCCCUUUUGUCUGAUGACCCUGAUUCAUAUGUGACAUUGACAGUUGUCCGGUCCCCAGGAGGAAAAGGAGCCGUCCGACUUCAGUGGACCAUAGAUGAGAUGGCCAAAGAUGAUCUCAGUCCUUUGAAUGGAACACUUCACUUUGAUGAGACGGAGUCCCAGAAAACCAUUGUACUGCACACGCUUCAAGACCCUGUGUUGGAGGAGGAUAGACGUUUCACCAUUCAGCUGCUAUCAGUUGAUGAGAUAGAAAUAUCUCCAAUAAGAGGUAGCGCAUCCAUAAUCAUUCGGGGCGAUAAGGGAGCCUCAGGCGAAGUUGGAAUAGCUCCAUCUUCUAGGCACAUCCUCAUUGGGGAACCCUCAGCAAAAUACAAUGGUACUGCUCUCAUCAGUCUUGUUCGUGGCCCAGCGAUUUCAGGGGAGGUCACAGUCUACUGGAGGCUAUUCCCUCCUUCGGAGGGGGAGUUUGCUGAGACAUCAGGAAAGCUUACAAUGCGAGAUGGCCAGUCUGCGGCAAUCGUCAUGAUACAGGCUUUGAAUGAUGACAUUCCUGAGGAAAAGUGUUUCUAUGAGUUUCAACUCACUGGCAUCAGUGAGGGGGCAAUGCUCAGUGAAUCCAGCAGCACUGCUAACAUCACAGUGGUAGCCAGUGACUUUCCCUACGGCCGAUUCGCCUUUUCACAAGAGCAACUUCAAGUGUCAGAAGAAGUGCAAAAGGUCAACCUCACAGUCAUCCGUUCAGGUGGAUCUCUCCGGCCCGUGAGGCUCUGGUAUGAGGCUGUGAGUGGGACAGCUGAGGCUGGCUUGGAUUUCAUCCCGCCACCAGGGGAGCUCCUCUUUGAAGCACGGGAGAUGGUGAAAAGCGUCCUGAUCGAAAUCCUUGACGACAGCCUUCCUGAAGGCCCUGAGGAAUUUUCUCUAGUGAUUACAAAGGUGGAACUCCUGGGAAGAGGAUAUGAUUUUACCUUCCAAGAAAAUGGACUUCAGGUAGAUCAACCCCCUGAAAUAGGAAAUGUUUCUCUUGUCCGAAUCAUAAUAAUGAAAAAUGAUAAUGCAGAGGGAAUCAUUGAAUUUGACCCACGGUUCACUGCCUUGGAAGUGGAGGAAGAUGUGGGGAUGAUCAUGAUUCCAGUGCUGAGGCUUCAUGGAACUCACGGCCAUGUCACAGCAGACUUCAUCUCUCACAGUUCCUCUGCACUUCCUGGUGGUGUCGAUUAUAUACUGCAUGGUAGUUCUGUCACCUUUCAGCAUGGGCAGAACUUAAGUUUUAUAAAUGUUUCCAUCAUCGAUGACAGUGAAAGUGAAUUUGAGGAGCCCAUUGAAAUUCUGCUCAUUGGAGCUACUGGUGGAGCAGUCCUUGGGCGCCACCUAGUGUGCAGAAUCACAAUUGCCAAGAGUGACUCUCCCUUUGGUGUAGUCAGAUUUCUGAAUCAAAGCAAAAUUUCUAUUCCUAACCCCAAUUCCACAAUGAUUUUACCCUUGGUGCUGGAGCGGACUGGAGGACUCUUGGGAAUGAUACAGGUGAACUGGGAGAUAGUAGGACCCAAUUCGGAGGAAACCUUACCACCACAGAACAGAGACAUCGCAGACCCAGUGAGCGGGUCCUUCUAUUUUGGAGAGGGGGAAGGUGGGAUGAGAAGCAUAAUUCUGACAGUCUAUCCUCAUGAUGACAUUGAAGUUGAAAAGACUUUCAUUAUUAAACUUAAACUUGUAAAAGGAGAAGCUAAAUUAGACUCCAGAGCUAAAGAUGUUACAUUAACAAUACAAAAGUUUGGUGAUCCAAAUGGAGUGGUUCAGUUUGCUCCUGAAUCUUUAUCUGAGGAGACCUAUUUGGAGCCAUCAGCUCUGGAAGGGUCCUUGAUCAUUACUUUCUUUGUCAAAAGAGUCAAGGGCACUUUGGGAGAGAUUAUGGUUUGUUGGGAAUUAAGUAGUGAGUUUGACAUCACUGGAGACUUUCUUUCUACGAAAGGAUUUUUCACCAUUGCUGAUGGAGAAAGUGAGGCCAGCUUUGAUGUUCAUUUGCUACCAGAUGAUAUACCUGAGAUAGAGGAAAUUUAUGUGAUCCAGCUUAUUUCUGUAAAGGGAGGAGCAGAACUGGAUCCAGACAAAUGCAUCACACAGUUCUCUGUUUCUGCAAAUGAUGACCCACAUGGGGUAUUUGCCCUGUAUUCAGACCAUCAGGCAAUAUUUACUGCGCAGAACCUUAGCAGAUUUGUGCAAAUUAAUAUAACCCGGCUUGCUGGAAUGUUUGGGGAUGUGGCUGUUGGAUAUCAAAUAUCAUCUGAUCAUAAGGAGCAGUCCAUUGUUACUGAAAAUGCAGAGAGGCAGCUGGUUGUCAAAGAUGGCACCAGAUACAAAGUGGACAUGGUGCCAGUCAAGAGCCAGGUCUUCCUGCCACUGGGCUCUAAUUUCACCUUACAGCUGGUGACUGUGAUGCUUGUUGGUGGAAAUUUCUAUGGCAUGCCAAAAAUUCUCCAGGAAGCAAAAUCCGUGGUCCUUCCAGUACCCAAGAACGCUGCCAAUUCUCAGGUUGGAUUUGAAUCUACUGCUUUUCCACUCACGGACUUUUCUGCUGGAACAAGCCAAGCUGUGAUUUCUAGGAGAGGCACGUACGGCUCUCUCAAAGUUUCCUGGGUUGCUGGAUAUAUUCCAGGGGUAGAAACCCCUGAAUUUGUUGUCGUUGGCAACAUGACUCCCAAACUGGGAAGUCUUUCAUUUUCCCAUGGAGAAGAAAGUAAAAGCAUCUUGCUGUGGACCUUUCCUAGCCCUGGUCGGCCAGAGGCCUUUGUUCUUCACCUCUCAGGAGUGCAGAGCAGUGUCCCCGGUGGGGCCCAGCUUCGGUCAGGUUUCACUGUUGCUGAAAUUGAACCGAUGGGAGUCUUUCAAUUUUCCCCCAGUUCAAGAAAUAUCAUAGUGUCGGAGGAUACACAGAUGAUCAGACUACAUGUACAAAGACUAUUUGGGUUCCACGGGGAUCUUAUUAAAGUUUCCUAUCAGACAAGCGCAGGAAGGGCAGAGCCCCUGGAAGACUUUGAGCCUGUUCAGAAUGGGGAGCUGCUUUUUCAGAAAUUGCAAGCUGAGGUUUAUUUUGAAAUAAGUAUUGUUAAUGAUGAGCUUCCUGAGAUAGAAGAGGUUUUUUACGUUAAUCUAACUUCAGUAGAAAUGAAAGGGUUACAGAAAUUUGGUGCUAAUUGGAGACCACGCCUGAAUCCUGAUUUUAGGGUGGCAGUGAUCACCAUAUUGGACAAUGAUGACCUGGCAGGAGUGGAUAUUUCUCUCCCUAAGACAACUGCGGCUGUAGCAGUAGACACGGCACUCCUUCCUCUAGAAACUGAGUCAUCCACCACAUACCCUGAUACAACUAGGACAGCUGCCGCUUCCCAGCCAACCAAGGUCAUUGCCAUUGUUACUGAGGCAGCUGGUGCAUCUACCAUCCCUCAGAACCUUGUCACCCCUUCUGGUGCAGCUGCCACGUCUGAGGAGCUUGACAUGGCUACUGUGGCCACUGUAGCUGUGAAUGUUUCCAUUCAUGGAACAUUUAGUCUUGGCCCACCUGUUGUUUAUGUUGAGGAGGAGAUGAAGAAUGGCACGUUUAAUGCUGCAGAAGUUCUUGUCCGAAGAACUGGUGGGUCUACUGGUAAUGUCAGUAUAAUAGUUAAAACUUUUGGUGAAAGAUCUGCUCUGAAAGAGCCAAAUGCAUUGCCCUUUCCUGACAUGCUUGGGAUUUCCAACCUAACAUGGGCAAUUGAAGAAAAAGAUUUUGAAGAACAAACUCUGAUCCUUCCAUUUGUAGAUGGAGAGAGAGAACAGAAAGUACAGAUUCACAUUGUGGAUGAUGAUGACCCUGAGGGACCGGAAUUCUUCUAUGUGUUUCUCACAGACCCACAAGGGGGAGCACAGGUUUUGAAGGGAAAGGAUGACAGUGGGUUCGCACCUUUUGCCAUGAUCAUUAUUGCAGGGAGUGAUCUUCACAAUGGCAUCAUAGGGUUCAGUGAGGAGUCCCAGAGUGGACUGGAGCUGGGUGAAGGCGCUGAGAUGAGCAGACUGCAUCUUAUUGUCACACGGCAGUCAAACAGAGCCUUUGAAGAUGUUAAGGUCUUCUGGCAAGUCACAUUUAACACUACGGCCACUGUGCUCCAGAAAGAUGGUGUGAACCUGAUGGAUGCACUUCUGUCUGUGUCAGGGGCCACGAUCUGCACAGCAGGUCACACAAAGUGCUUUAUCACCAUUGAACUCCAACCAGGGAAGAUACCGCAGGUUGAAAUGCAUUUUUUUGUGGAACUGUAUGAAGUAACUGCUGGAGCAGCCAUAAAUAAUAGUGCCAGAUUUGCACAAAUUAAAUUCUUACCAAAAAGGGAUGAACCUCCAAGUCUUGUGUAUUUCUCUGUGGGUUCUCGGCUGCCAGUGGCUCAUAAGAAGGCCACUUUAAUCAGUCUGCAGGUGGCCAGGGACUCUGGGACAGGACUGAUGAUGUCUGUUAAGUUCAGUACUCAGGAGUUGAGGAGUGCUGAGACAAUUGGCCGUACUCUCAUCUCUCCAGCUCUUUCUGGGAAAGACUUUGUGAGAAGUGAAGGCUCAUUGGUCUUUGAACCUGGCCAGAGAAACACUGUAUUGGAUGUCAUCCUAACGCCAGACACAGGGUCUUUAAAUCCAUUUCCGAAACGCUUCCAGAUUGUGCUUUUUGACCCAGAAGGUGGUGCCAGAAUUGAUAAGGUGUAUGGGACUGCUAACAUCACUCUCGUCUCUGACGCGGAUUCGCAGGCCUUUUGGGGGCUUGCAGAGCAGCUGCAGCAGCCCCUGGAUGGGGAGAUUCUCAUGAGGGUGCUCCACAGCAUCAGCGUGAAAGUGGCCAUGGAGAACACAGAUGAACAACUCAGCGCCGUGAUGCAUUUAAUAAACAAGAUAACUAUUGAAGGAAAAAAACAACCACUAAGUAUUGAAAGUCGAAGUCUUUUCUAUGAGAUUCUCUGUGCUCUUGUCAACCCAAAACGCAAGGACACUAAGGGUUUCAGUCACUUUACUGAAGUGACUGAGAAUUUUGCUUUUUCUCUACUGACUGAUGUUACCUGUGGCUCUCCUGGUGAAAAAAGCAAAACCAUCCUUGACAGUUGCCCAUAUUUGUCCAUUCUGGCUCUUCACUGGUAUCCUCAGCAAAUCAAUGGGCACAAGUUUGAAGGAAAAGAAGGUGAUUAUAUUCGAGUUCCAGAGAGGUUAUUGGAUGUUCCAGAGGCAGACGUAAUGUCUGAGAAAAGUACGUGUGAACUAGUGCAAUUUACAGAGUAUAGCAGCCAGCAGUGGUUUAUAAAUGGAAACAAUCUUCAUGCCCUGAAAAAUAAGGUAUUAUCAUUGAGUGUGAAAGGUCAGAGUUCACAAGCCCUGACCAACAACAAUGAGGUUCUGUACAGGAUUUAUGCUGCCGAGCCUAGAAUUGUUCCCCAGACGUCUUUGUGUCUCCUUUGGAAUCAGGCUGCUGCGAGCUGGUUGUCUGACAGUCAGUUUUGCAAAGUGGUUGAGGACACUUCAGACUACGUGGAAUGUGCCUGUUCAUACACGUCCCUAUAUGCGGUCUACGCCCAGACUGACAAUUUGUCUUCAUACAAUGAAGCUUUUUUCUGUUCUGGAUUUAUAUGUAUCUCAGGUCUCUGUCUGGCUGUGCUUUCCCACAUCUUCUGUGCCAGGUAUUCCAUGUUUGCGGCUAAACUUCUGACUCACAUGAUGGCAGCCAGCUUAGGUACCCAGAUUAUGUUCCUGGCAUCUGCUUAUGCAAGUCCCCAACUCACAGACGAGAGCUGUUCAGCCAUGGCUGCUGUCACACACUACCUGUAUCUUUGCCAGUUCAGCUGGAUGCUCAUCCAGUCUGUGAAUUUCUGGUACGUGCUGGUGAUGAAUGAUGAACAUACAGAAAGGCGAUAUCUGCUGUUUUUCUUUCUGAGUUGGGGACUUCCAGCUUUUGUGGUAAUUCUCCUCAUUGUCAUUUUGAGAGGAAUCUAUCAUCAGAGCAUGCCCCAGAUCUAUGGACUCAUCCACGGUGACCUGUGUUUCAUCCCAAACAUCUACGCAGCCCUGUUCACUGCAGCUCUUGUUCCUUUAAUGUGCCUCGUGGUGGUGUUUGUGGUGUUUAUUCACGCCUACCAGGUGAAGCCACAGUGGCAAGCAUAUGACGAUGUCUUCAGAGGAAGAACAAAUGCUGCAGAAAUUCCACUGGUUUUGUAUCUCUUUGCCCUCAUUUCGAUGACAUGGCUUUGGGGAGGCCUGCACAUGGCUUACAGACACUUCUGGAUGCUGGUCCUCUUUGUCAUUUUCAACAGUCUACAGGGACUUUACGUUUUUGUGGUUUAUUUCAUUCUACACAACCAGACAUGUUGUCCGAUGAAGGCCAGCUACACAGUGGAAAUGAAUGGGCACCCAGGGCCCAGCACAGCCUUCUUCACACCCGGGAGCGGAAUGCCUCCUGCCGGAGGGGAAAUCAGCAAGUCCACACAGAAUCUUAUCAGUGCUAUGGAGGAGGUGCCACCUGACUGGGAGAGAGCAUCCUUCCAGCAAGGCAGUCAGGCCAGCCCUGGCUUAAAGCCGAGCCCUCAAAAUGGUGCCACAUUCUCUUCCUCUGAUGUCUAUGGCCAAGGAUCACUGAUAGCCGACGAAGAGUCCCAGGAAUUUGAUGACUUGAUAUUUGCACUCAAAACAGGUGCUGGUCUCAGUGUCAGUGAUAAUGAAUCUGGUCAAGGCAGCCAGGAGGGAGGCACCCUGACUGACUCCCAGAUUGUAGAACUCAGAAGGAUACCCAUUGCCGACACACACCUCUAGCCCCUCGGUAACCAUUAGAAUGAGGGUAUUUUCAUAUUUGUAUUGGUUCUAUGCUAAAACUCUAUAAGGAUAUGCAGCUGUUUAACAGGAAUAUGUGAAUUAUACUGGAUCAUUAACCUAGAAGUGAUUAUUGUGUUUGUAUAUAAAUUACUUAUCUUUGUCCAACCUGAAAAUUAACUGCUGUAAUGAAAGACUGGAUCGAUUGAUAUCAGUUAAUAGGAUUGAUUUAUAUCAGUUAAUAGGAUGUACAUAUUCCAGGGACAUUAGUUGUUUUUUUAAAUCAUCCUACAUGGCUAACAUUGUUUAACAAAAUAAUAAUAAUCAAUAAAGACAAUAUAAUCCA